CAGGAAGUAUAGCUGACGUGAGGACCUCUUGUUAAAAAAAUAAGGGAACAGUCAAAAACACUGGCGGAAUAUUUUAAUUUCAUGUAUUUAUUCACACAGUGAUUAUUUGUAUUCUGAAGUAGUAGCUGUUUGUCGAUACAUAUACUUGUUCGUGUCGUAUAGUUUUUGUUGCCUGUCAGUUUCAGUCUGGCACUGGCUGAACUGGGUUGGGAUGGCAGACGAGGCUCUUUUUCAGUUCCUGCACAGUGAAAUUAUUCAGUAUGUCAAAGGUGUAGAAUCUGGGGAGUCGGUAAGAGCUUGGGACACACGGGAAACGGAAAAUGGACGAUGUGUUUCUAAACUUGAGAACAUGGGGUUUCGUGUGGGACAAGGACUUAUUGAAAGGUUUACCAAAGACACGCCACGUUUCAAAGAUGAGCUUGAUGUCAUGAAGUUUAUCUGCAAAGAUUUCUGGACCAGUGUUUUUAAGAAGCAAAUUGACAACCUGAGAACCAAUCACCAGGGAAUUUAUGUGCUACAAGAUAAUAAGUUCCGCUUGCUGACCCAACUGUCUGCAGGCAAACAGCAUCUAGAACAUGCACCGAAGUUUUUGGCCUUCACCUGUGGCCUGGUCCGGGGGGCACUUUCAAAUCUUGGUGUUAAAAGUAUAGUCACUGCAGAAGUGUCUGUCAUGCCAGCCUGUAAAUUCCAGGUGAUGAUCCAGAAGAUGUGAUGGACUACACAAAGAGCAUAUUGUUCAUAACAUUUAAAUCUGUUUUGUUGCCUUGUCAUGUUUUAAUUGCCUUUCAUUUGUAUUGCUGAAGACACUAUGAUUUUUAUUUGCAUUAACUACUUGCAUCAAAAAUGUUUUGACAUGUAGAUGUCAAGCCUCAUUGUACUGUAUUAUGUUAGUUUUUUUUACAUGCCCUGUGCACACUGUAUUUUGUUGCUUCAUUUUGCACUGAUAACAUUAAAAUCUGAAAUCCUG